AGACAAAACCAAAGAAUCAAAAUAUCAAAUAAAAAUAAAUAUAUCAAUAAAAUAUAUUUUGUAUUUUCCGUUAAAAAAAAUAUAUUGAAUCUAUUUUCUAUGGAGGAAGAACCAAAUAAUCCAACCAAUUCCAACGAAUCUGCACAGAGUCAUAGCCACACAGAUAUCUAUAAUAAAUCACAAUCCCUAAUUGAUCUGGCGAAUAAAACAUUCCUUGAACUAUGUCGAACAUUGGAACAUGAACAAUCGAAACUGGUCAGUUUAGAAGAACGGCGCAAACAAUUGCACGAUGACAUGCAAAAACUGAAAGCCGAAUUGGAAAACGAGAAGAAACAAUUGCAUGAAAUUAAUUUGCUGGGAUGCGUUGCUGACGACAAUGAAUCAAAAACUUGUUUUGAAGAAAUCCCAAAUGAAGAUUCAACCACUGUGGAGCCAAGUUAUGAAUUUGAAACCCAAGAAACAACUGCCCAUGAACAAACAACUAACAUUAAGCAAGAGUUGCAAAGUGUGUUAGAAGAAUGUAUUGCAGAACAGAAACGAACAAAUUGAUAAUAGCAAUUUUCAUUACAUGUUAGCACUCGAAAUUUAUUUUGAAUAAUAAUAAAUCGAUCCUUAAAUAAAUGAACUUAAA